AGAAACUGACAGACGUCAAAUGUGCAUUCACGGCAAACAAGACAUGAUUUUGUUAUUUGCAUUAAGGUAAAAUCUGACGGAAUUUCCCAGAAAACCUGUCGAAAAUAUUUAUAAGUCAGGCAGAAAAUAUCGGGUAAAAUGUCCGCGUUUUCCGAAACGGCGCUACUAAAAAAGUUGGGUGAAUUGAAUUCUAGUCAGCAAAGUAUACAGACGCUAUCUUUGUGGUUAAUACAUCAUCGCAAACACCAUGCGUCAAUUGUGAAAACUUGGCUGAAAGAGCUACAAACUGUUUCCGAGGGCAAAAAGUUGACAUUCAUGUAUCUGGCCAAUGAUGUCAUACAGAAUAGCAAGAAAAAAGGUCCUGAAUAUGGCAAAGAAUUCGCACAAAUAUUACCCAAAGUAUUUACACACAUCGGUGAAUCCUGUACAUCGGAUAAGCUCUUCGGUAGUCUUGGACGUAUUUUGAAUAUAUGGGAGGAGCGCGGUGUCUACGAUACAAAACAAAUUGCAGAAUACCGUGCACGUUUGAAUAAAGAUCAUAAAGAUAAAAACGCGGCACCUAGUAGCAGCAGUGGCAACAGUAGUGCCACAGUCACUGAGGAAAAAACAAACGGUAGUCAUGGUAGUACCACAAAAGAUAAAGAAAAGUCUGAAAAACGUGAAAAGCGUAAACAUGAUGAAAAUAAAACACCAAAAGGGAAACGUUCGCGACCAACUGCAGUUGCUGAAGAAAAGCCAAGUGCUGGUCAAAAUGGUGAUGCGGAACAUUUAAGUCCCUACUUGCCGCUGGGUGAACCACCAGAACCUGAAGACUUAAUCAAAGCCUUGACGAAUAUCGAGAAUUCAGCUUCAAGUGAUGCCGUGGUGCGCGAACGUAUCGCCAACUUGCCACCAGAAAUAUCUGAGAUCAGUUGUCUUAGUAAAUUGGAAGAUAAGGAUGCAGCUAAAGCAUUAGCUAAACAGGUAAAUGAAGCUGUACAAUUACUGAAUGAGUAUAAUACACGCCUGGCUGCUGAAAUGGAGGAGCGUACAAAAUUAGCUUCAAUGUUGCGUGAUUUCCAAGCGGAGCAGAAGGAACUGCUGGUGCAAGCUGAAAAACGUCUCGAGGAGUACAAGCAAAAACUCAAUCGCAUGGUUGCCGUACAAAAGGAAAUUCGCGAUCAUCUAUCGAAUUUGCCAGACUUAACACAGUUACCGGAUGUGACUGGUGGCCUAGCGCCACUACCAUCAGCCGGCGAUCUCUUCAAUAUACAUUAAUAAUUAUUAUAAUUUAAAUGAUUUCCUUAAAUGUUAUAAAUAUCUAUCUAUUCAACUGAUAACUACACAAAAAUCACUUAAAUUAUGUAUAUUUAGAACAAAAAAUUUAAAAAAAGGAGAAAUAAUCAAGAAUUGACAAAA